GUAAUACCAGUGAUAUAUCAGACGAACAGCAAACAUCAUCGUUAAUCGAAACAAGACGACAAUCCUGGUUGGAUAUUGAUAUCAAACAUCUUCCCGACCAACCUAUCACCGAGAAAAUAAUUCAGGAAAGGAAGCGUUGCAAAAGUGAACGACGAUCGAGAACACGCUCACCAAUAUUGAAUGAAAUUAGCGGAACGGGACGAGCCACUAGACCGAAUAGUUUUACUAAUUUAGGUCACAACCUGGUGGGAAAUUAA